GCGGCGGAGGCGCAGGAACCUCCUCUCUCGCCGUAAAUAAAGGCCGGAACUUUAUUAGUCACCCGGUUAAGUAACAUGUCCAACAUGGGCGCACGGGUUUCGCGUAUGUUUAGGAAUUUUAAUCUAGAAAACCGCGUUAUCCGUGAGAUAUCCAAGGAGAAACCUCUCGCCGCACCGAGGCACAAGACCCCGGUCCUACCUCCAGUCAGCAGCUCAGACGCGGCCGGUGACUCGGAGGUCAUCCACGGGAAGAAUGAGCCGCUGGUGUCGCUCCUGAAGACCGUGUGGGUCCAGUCCGAGGACCCGCUGCCCGCAGAGCCGGUGCCCGGGCCCCCAGCCCUCCCAGUGGAGCGCCGCCCCCUGAAGUUCAGCCUGCCCGGGCCGGGCCACGGCCUGGCGGACAUCACGGACGUCCCCAAGGGCCGGCUGUCCCUGGUGGAGGCGCUGCGGGCGCUCAACAGCCACAAGACGCAGCCGGCCACGUGGACGGCGGAGAGGGUGGCCCUGGAGUACUGCCUGGCGCCGGCCGACACCGCAGCCCUGCUGCAGUUCUUCAUCCCCUUCAACGUCAAGAUCCUCCCGCCGCAGCGCGACGGCCAGAAGCAGAUCAAGGGCUCCUAGGGGGGCAGCGGGCGGAGUAGUUAUUGAUCCCAGUGAAGUUAUUAUUGAUCGCAGGGAAGCGUCUGUGAUGCUGCUUUAGGACGGGCCGUACGGAGCUACGAUCCAGUAGGUCUGAUCUUUGUACAGCAGGCCCCCCCCCCCCC